AUGUUUGUUGGUGGUCUCAGCUGGGAAACGAGUAAGAAGGAUCUUAAAGAUUACUUCACUACAUUUGGCGAGGUGACAGACUGCACCAUGAUGAUGGACCAGCGGACAGGCCGGUCAAGAGGCUUUGGCUUCAUUCUCUUUAAAGACGCAGCCAGUGUAGAAAAGGUUCUGGAACGGAAGGAGCACAGGCUCGAUGGCAGAGUGAUCGACCCAAAGAAAGCCAUGGCCAUGAAGAAGGAUCCAGUCAAGAUCUUUGUGGGAGGCCUAAAGGAAGUCAUUCAGGAGUACUUUGGAUCCUUUGGAGAGGUUGGGACCAUUGAGCUUCCACAAGAUCCAAGGACAGGGAAAAGGAGGGGAUUCGUAUUCAUCACUAAAGAAGAGACUCCUGUCAAGAAGAUUAUAGAGAAGAAAUACCACAAUGUCGGUGGACGGAAGUGUGAGAGUAAAAUAGCCCAGCCCAAAGAAGUCUACCGGCAGCAGCAGUAUGGCGGCCGUGGAUACGGAGGACGCGGCAGGGUUCGUGGAGGCCAGAGCUGGAAUCAACCUGGAUACAACCAGAACUAUGGCUAUGGUCAGCCAGGGGACACGAGGCAACUGCUAGGAAUUGGGAUUGAGCCAUGA